AUGUUUGCCUGCCCGUGCCUGAACGUGUCGAUAGCCGUAAACGAUGAGAGCACCAUCCCCAGCAGUACAACCACCACCGAUCCCGGACGAGUGACGCUGAAGAACGGAAUUAUCUCGGUGCGGCCACCAGCGGCCGUAAUUGCCGGGCUUGCGGAAGGAAAAUCCCGCGAGCUGGCCAGCUUCUUCCAGGAGUCGAUUGGACCCCUGCAAGAGGCCAACGUGACCAUACAGCUGGCAAUGAUGCUAAAGACAAUCCCGUGCGAUGGCUGGAACGUGUGCAAAUGUCAGAACUGUGGUGCCGUCGCCUUUGCCCGUGAUUCUUCCAACUCGGCAACCAUCCUGAUCAAUGGGACACUAGCGAUCACUACCGACGAAGUGAACCGACGCAAAGGGCAGGAAAACUAUUCACCCGCGUUCAGGAUCGUGCUCGAUGGUCGGGCGGCCGAUUUUCGCGGUUUUUACCGCAAGGACCAGUACCGCAACCUGUUUACGGCGGCGGCCAACACGCUCGACAGUACGAACGAUCGGAACGAGCUGCUCGUAUCGUUGCGCGCGUUUAUGCUUGCCGAAACGCAGUCGGCUAACGAACGGAUUGCCCGCGUCACACAGGAGCAGAACGAGCAGCUGAGCCAUGUGCGCGAUCGGGCGGAGCAGGACUAUCUGUUCCUGGCGCAAACAUUCGUACCUGAACUACUGGCUAGUAAAAGCGGCGAACAGCAGGGCGCCGGGACCGCCACUAGCCCCUCGACGGAAAAAGCGUUGCAGCCGCUGCUGACGAACCUCGGUACACCGGGUCCGGCAGCGGAUGUAGCGGACAGUCACUUGGAAACGCCACCCGCAACACCGGAGUGUAUGCCGAUGUCGACCGGUAACAGUCCACCGUCGAUCGUAAACGGUAACGGGGCAUCGGUCAGUCCGGACCAAAAUGCCGGUACCGUGCCCACCGAUGCGGAUACGGACGGUUUCAAGCCGGCUGCCGGCAAUCAGCGGCCCCCGAUUCAGCUGAGCAACAGUGCCGCCAAUACGAUCAACAAUAAUACUACGAACAGCAACCAAGGUGCCAUUAGCAAACCACCAACUCAGCAGCAGCAGCAACAUUCCAUGAGUACAAAUCUCUUUGCCAAUCACGGCAGUACCCUGGGGGCGGCCACAACGGUACCAGGGCUCGCCGGCAGUGUUGGCAACCUAACGGGAGCUACACAUAGAUUUAGCAGCAAUGUCCAUCAACGGCCACAGCAGCAACAGACCAUGUUCGACUCGGACUGUAUGUUCGACAUCGAUGGUAUGGAAAAUGACAAAACGCCACCACCGGACGAUAUUUCUGACGAGGAGCAUUCAGAUUAUGAUGAUAUACCCGAUAACAAUAAUCGAGCGGACGGUGGCAUAUUCAUCCCACGCCAUCAGUACGGACGCCAGACCAGCUCGAUCGCGAAAAGUCUUCCGAUUUCAAUGCCGAAAAAGAUGGCCCCGUUCCGGGCGAACGAAGAUGAUCUCGAUGAGAUGGUGGAAGAUACGGUCGAUAUUGCGGCCAGUAUCAAGGCGCUUGCCAAAAGUGUACACGGCGAAGCGGUGUUUGGCGAUCUUCCACGUCGGCAAAUUCAAAAGUUCACCUCACACAUAUGA